GCUGCCCUCCUCCUCCCCUAGAUCUCUUUUGCCAUGUUCUUGACGCGCUCAGAGUACGAUCGUGGUGUCAACACCUUCUCGCCAGAGGGUCGUUUGUUCCAAGUCGAGUACGCCAUCGAGGCAAUAAAGCUCGGCUCGACAACCGUCGGGAUCCGCACUUCCGAGGGCGUCGUCAUCGCCGUUGAGAAGCGCGUCCAGUCGCCCCUGCUCGAGUCCUCCUCCAUCGAGAAGAUCAUGGAGAUCGACACCCACCUCGGCUGCGCCAUGUCCGGCCUCACCGCCGACGCGCGCACGAUGAUCGACCACGCGCGCGUCACCGCCCAGAACCACGCGUUCACCUACGACGAGCGCAUCAAGGUCGAGAGCGCCACCCAGGCCGUCUGCGAUCUCGCGCUCCGCUUUGGAGAGAGCGUGCACGACGAGGAGGCGAUGAUGAGUCGGCCGUUUGGCGUGGCACUGUUGAUCGCGGGUGUGGACGAGCUUGGGCCGCAGCUGUUCCACACGGACCCGUCGGGCACCUUCAUGAAGUACGAUGCCAAGGCGAUUGGGUCGGGAUCGGAGGCAGCCCAGAGCGAGCUCCAGGACAAGUGGCACAAGCAAAUGACACUCCGAGAAGCACAGAUCCUCACCAUGCGGGUGUUGAAGCAGGUCAUGGAGGAGAAGCUCGACCACCACAACGUCCAGCUCGCCCAGGUGACGCCAACGAAAGGAUUCGAGAUCCUAAACGAAGUCCAGCUGAAAGAAAUAAUCGACGCCAUGUAAAGUAUUACUACCUGCUUACCCACCUUGUCACGCUUGCAUGCAUAUUCACAUCCUCAUUCUUUUCAAUUGCAUGCGUCUGUAUGUGUGUGUAUAUGACCCGAUCCGAUCCGAUCCUGAGCGCUUGGGAGCCGAAGGACCC